CUCGCGCUCACACAAACACACACACACGCAAGCGCGCGCGCUGCAGUUCACGCGCGCCCUUAAAGACGCUGCAGAAAGGGGGAUAGAUAAGAGACAGAGUGACGGAGAGGGAGUAACCACUGCGCUCUCCCCCCUCCCCGCCGGUAGCACUCACCGCCACCACCACCCACGAGAGAGUGAGAGAGAGAGCGGACGCAGCAGCAGCAGCAGCAGCCACCCCCUCUCGAUUCGCUCUCUCGUCGCAGAUCUUUUGGGGAUCCGUUAUAAGUAUCAGUGCGUCGCGUGUGUCCGAGAUCAGUGCUCGAGGCUUCGUGAUAGCGGCAUGUCGUCAGCUGCUCUACUACUGCCAAGCUUUUGGAGAACGCAUUGAUCAGUCGAGAUACCGAUCUGUACUGCAUACAGUACACGAGCCCCAGUCAGCAGUGUUGUCAUGCCAAGCAGCAGCAGCGCAGCCGAUCCUCAAAUCGAGUCUGCCGAGCCAACGGCGAGGACCUACAUCGACAUGUCGAGCAGCAGCAGCAGCAGCAGCAGUUCAGUUCAGGCCUCGGUCUGCCCCUCGGACGAGAGGACAAUGCAGCGGAUACUCACGAGGGACCAGAGGACGACGUAUCACAGAGUGCGGAGUUGCAGUGACGAGAGACAAGCCGGCGUUGCGAACAGUGUAGUGAUGACCGCGGCUAGUAGUAAAAAGUCGUCGUCGUCGUCGUCGACGACGACGAGGUGUUGUGGUGAACGUCAUGAUGAUUGUGGGUGUAGUAAGAGCAGGACGCGGGACCUUGUUGUUACCGACGAGAUCGCGAGAACCAUGUACUCGGAUGUUAGUAUUAAUAAUAGUACUGUGACCAAAAGCUGUGAUGAUAACGAAGAGCUUCAGAAGGAUUGCGAGCGGGGCUGCGCAGUGCCGAGAAGCUAUCAGAUUCAGGAGCUUGGGAUAAGGAGAGCAAAGUUCGUUGUCGCCUGCGGCACGUGGCUGAGGCUAGGUAGCCUAUUAGUAGCGCUGCUCGCGAUCUCGGUGCAGGGCGCCCCCACGAUGACUUCGGAGGACAGACGACUGGCGUCGGUACCCAAGUGGACGAACCCUUGCGGUUUCGCAGCCGAGGAGUUCGAGGGCGACAUCGACGUCAUGCAGCUCAACGACGAGACGCUGCUAUCCAACAUCGUCAUGCAGGCCAAGACUGCCCUCAGCUACGCCCAGGGCUUUCGCGACGAUUACAUCAAGCGGACGUUCAACACGGACUACGCGGAUCUGCACUUGACGUGGAAAGACAACCACUACGACUGGCUGCCCGGCCCGAAGCAGAUACCGAAACAGCUCGGCCAGCAGCUGGACAAGGAGUUCCUCGAUAAGCUGGAAGUGCGCAUGCUCGACACGGCACUGCUGGACGCCUACGAGUACAUGCAGAGGUACGCGGUGGGUCUUGAGCAGAUCGCCUGGGACCAGGAGGACCACGGUCUCGAGUUCCGAAAGCAGUUCAAGGAUUCGGAAUACAAUCUCCGAGCGGUGCUGUGCGAGCUGCAGAUGGCGCUGGCGGAGCGCGGAGUAGUGCCACGGCCGGACGUUUCCCGCGACAUCAUGUCACGCGAGUACCGCGACAUGUCGGUCAGCGCCACCUAUCGCAACCUGCGCGACUGGCUGAUAUUCCGCGACUACAUGAACGGCCUCGAGUACAUAAUCGAGGUGUUCAAUCAGUUCGUCCAAGGCAUCAGGUCCUGAGGAUGGCCAGGCGAAAGCCGAACCAAGCAGCUGGCAACCACGGCGACUAGCAGCAGCAUCAACCACCGACUAGCCCGCUACCGUAGACUUCAGCGCGCCAGAAUGAUGCAGCAGCGUAAAACCGCCGCUAUCUCCUCCUCGUGAUGAUGAACACACAAAAUUAAUACACAACACACACGCAAACGAUGAACGCACAGACGUGUUGUCGCUGUCAGGGUACAGAACAUAACGAAGCGAAGGAAGAAGGGGCGAGAGGGUGAGGGCGCCACCUGUAUUGGAACGUCGACGACCGUUGAAUGCUGUGCGCGGAAAGAGUGGGGAUCGUGGGCUUCUGUGUGGUUUAUCAUUGAAAAACUGUGCGGUUCGGGUAUAGGAUGCAUGUGUAUACAUACGCAUAUGUAUAGCUGAUGAUGGAUAUGUAGCCUCGGAAAGGAUUACGUAGUACACGUAGUGAUGCGUAUGCGCGAACUGUGCAGUUUUUGUUGCCGAGAACCGACUAUAUAGUUGAACAUAUAGUUUUUAUGUUAAAAACUAUGUAGUUGUCCAGUAAUGAAUCGUGCUCGAAACGAAUAAGUAUGUAGAAAGUUAUAUCUAUAUAUAUAUAUAUAUAUAUAUAUAUAGUUUUUACAUUAAAAGCUAUAUAGUUGAGUAUAUAGUUGCAGUGAAAGUGAAUCUGCACCGGCGAUACGAUUCGCGACGAUCUAUUCGGUUUUCCUCUCGCGAAAGUCCCGCAGAGCAUUCAACGGCGAGCGAGGGAGCAACGCGCGCGACCCUCCGCGAAAUCCUCUAGCGGAAGAAGACUGCGAUAUCCGGCUGAAAAGGGACUCAUCAGAGCCGCAACGCGGGAUAACGUUUGAAUGAUCCCUCUUUCAACCAGUGCAACGCAGCUCAGUCGGAGAAGCUCGUCGUUUCGAUGAAGAUGAAAACGAGCUGGAGCGGAGAGCGAGGCAAGGGAGUUUGAAAAAAUUAACGACUUUCGUUUGCAAGACGACGAGUAUCAUCGAGUAUUCGAACAGAAAAACACACCAACAACAACGACACUUACACAGAAACGAGAGGAGUGGCAGGUGAUGCAUAAAAACAUUGCUGAAAAGUCGUUGAAAAGCCAGUCCGUCGGCCUUUCGCCACCAUGUCUCAAGAGACAAAACUAACCGUCAUCGUGAUCAUCCCUCGCACGUUAUUAAACACUGUAGGCUUACAUUAACGUAGUGAAGAAAUUUUCUUUCACUACUCCGAUUUAUAGAAGACGCUUUCGUUUUCUCGUGGUAUUAUUGUAUAAUUUAACUGCCGCAACGAAAUCUCGCCGAGUGAGCGACCAACCGAGAGCAAAGUAAUCGGCUUUGCUUUUUUCCUCUUUCUUCGACGCUCGGGUCCCCAGCAACGGAUCCGAGCGAGGAAGAGUUAUAUUCAUAUAUUUAUGCGUUCGAUCGUUUUUGCCGUUAGCGUCGAAUUUAACAAUUGGGAAAAACGACAUCGGACUCGCAUCAAAUUCAUAUAGUACAUCUCUUUGCGGCCGAUUACUUCGCGCUCGCGUUGCGCGCGUAGAUCAGCAGCGUGAAUUGAUGAAUUUUCGUUGUGGAUAUAGCUGAUUCGAGACAAGUGAACGGAUCGAGUGUAUUUCGAUGUGUAUAAAUGUAUAAGUGAGUAUUCAGCGAGAGAAGCGAAAGACGUGUGAAUUUCCGCGCGCGAGCGCGCGCGUGAUUUGAGAAACGAAAAGCGUAUUAUUUAGUUGAUAAAUCUCGAAGCGGAAUAUGACAUGUCGCUGGUCACGUAUUAUUAUGUAAUAGUUAACGCAAAACGUCAAGGAAGAGCUAGCGAAAAUGAGAAAGUGAAAAAUUGAGUCGUGAGAUUGAGUGAGUGCGAUCGAUAUGAGAGUGAAAAAUCCCGUCCUUGUUAAUCCUAUGUACGAUUAAUAUUUAUUGACUAACCGUGUAAUUAUUCUUAUUAAUAUUAUUAUUUUUUAUUAUAUGCGUAUUUAUUCAGAUUAUUUAUUUUAUUUUUGUAAAGACUUUACGUGACGCCUGAUCGAAUGCUAUAUAUAUUUAAAAGUAUAUUAUAUAUAUGUGUAUGUAUAAGUACGUUCUGCGGAGAUGUGGAAGGCGUGUAAAUAUAAUGAGGAUAUUCGGAGAGAAUAUAGGGAUGAAGAAAACGUAUUAGACAUAUGUAUGGAAUAUGCCGGCCACUACAUUAACGAGCUUCCGGACACACAUACACACACACACACAUGCACAUACACACGCGCGAGCUACGUUGCUGCGUCGCAGGAAAAACUUUUUCGCGCAUAAAAGCAGCAGAGUUUGUCCCCUUUUAGCAUUGACUUACCUCCCCGAUCGCGGGGACUUGGAUUAAAAAAUGUCUCUUCGAGGCUCCCACACGCUCGGAAUCCAGUUUUGCUAUAUUUGUCUUUUUUUUUAAUGAAAAGUUUUUAACGCUUUUAAUUUUGUAGACGUGUACCAUUUUAACGAGCUUUUUUCUCUCUUUUAAAUCGACGAGCAGUGUGCGGAGCCGCAAAUUUCGAAAAGAAAAAAAGAGAGAAAAUUUUCUCAACGCAGCAGCGCAGUUCGGAGACUCGUACUAUAUUAUGUAUCUAGAAUUAACGUUAAGCGCGCCUCUGGAGUGGAUUUAAGACUUAACUCAAAUUUGCAAGUCUCGAUUCCCGCGUGCCUUAGCAUCUCGUGGCGCUUAAUAGAUCCAAUCGAAAGAAAGAAUCAGAAAAGUAUACAUAAACAAUGUUCCUCGCUAAACCGGUAUCGUCGAUCGAGAGACGCGUAGCUCUCGAUCGCGUUUCUUCUCCUCUCGCGUACUAUACUUUUGUCCUUUGCUAUGUAUAUUGUAUUCUUUUGUACACUUUUUUACCUCGAAUUGUAUAAAAUCUUCGCCCAUGGACACCGAAGCGUGCGCAUAUGUGUAAAAUUCUCCAGCGAACACACCACAGAACACAGAUACACACUGCAUUCGUUUUGUAAAAUUCUGAAAGAAUAUAUAAAAGUGAAAUUAUUAUCAUCGUAA